AUGACAGUGGCGCGAGGCGAGGGCUCUCCUGAGCGGCUGGGUGGCGCGCUCCGUCGCCUACACUACAAGGCGACGAGGCGUGCACUCUCCGCCCGCCAUCACAACUCCAACACACCGCCUAAGGUGGUUCUUAUGGGCAGCAGCACAACAUCAGACAAGACGAUCAACACCAGCACGGACUCAGCUGCCACCGCCCUUACUUCCAUUACAGGCACCGAUGACUCAAUGGACGCAGAGCCUGACCCGCCGGACCCCCCACCCCAGCCGAACAUCCUUGACGACCCCCCCGUCUCAAACCACAAUACACAAUCCAACCCCCCUAAUACAGCCCCCCCGCAUUACCACCGAGCGCAGAACAGCUGCGAGAUUGAUUCUCCAGCGUACACCAAGCCCCAAUCAGCCACUGAUGUCAUAGACUCCCCUCGACCUGGACCUGCAAGGUUCGUCUUCGAUGUCCCCAUACCGGACCCGAAAAAAGAGAAACCAGACAGGAAAGAGAAGCCGAGAAACAAAACACAGACGCAAGUCAGCCAGACCAGUGGUCCUUCAACGUCAAUACAGAUUCCUUUUGACCCAAAAUUGGAAACUCCUAAGAGUCCGAAAGCUGCACAGUCCAAGUACGAGACCCAUUUUAAGUUUGAUCCUGAGCCUGUGAAGAGGAGAGGGAGCGAGCCAAGGAUGAAAAAUAAGCAGAAGAUAGAGAAGCAGGAGUAUUAUAAAGAUGAAGUGGCCAAAUUGAGAAGACAGUUGGAAGGCACUGAAGUGUUCUCGACGAACCGACGGCGGUCUUCGGCACACCAGCAUUCGGUGCCUCCUCCGUCGUCACGAAGACAAUCUACUGCAGCUCAAGUCCACGUGACAGCAAACCCUCUGGACUCAGCGUCAACCACCAUCCCGGCGGGUCGAACAACCAUAGUGGUGCAGCAACCCUCUCUAUCCCUGGACUAUGGAGGGUGCUCCACUAUCCUCCUCAGAGAGGGAGAAGACGGGGCUAGGAGGAAAAGCAGGGUCUGCAGCGACCACAUACAGCAGCUCUUGGAUGUCACCAGCCAGUUUACUUCUGAAGAUCUACAUGAAUUUGACAAGAGAUACGGCAGUCCACACCACUCGCGGUCACAAUCGGUGAAAGCGGCCAGGUCACGGACCGGGGAGAGACAACUCCUGGGUCUUCCGCAGCAGCGGGCCAGGGUGGCUUCCAUGCCCAACACAGGCGUAGAGGAGGAAUACUAUAGGUUGCGCCAUUUUAGUAUUACUGGCAAAGGCGUUGUAAACAGAGGUGACUCGCUACGUUCUCGAAGAUCGCGAUCCAAUACAUCGGUAGCGUCGAGUGCAUCGAGUACUGAAGCCGUUACCAGAGCAUCGGCUCCAUGCUCUCUGGCUUCUUCCAGGGAUUCCUCGGCAGGUCUAAGCGCAUAUCGGGUGCUGGUUAUAGGUGCGCCUGGAGUGGGCAAAUCGAGCCUUGUUGGACAGUUCAUGACUUCCGAAUACCUCCACGCGUACGACACUAGCAUAGACAAAGAUGAUGAAUCAGGGGAGAGGUCCGUCUGCGUACUCCUGGCUGGUGAGGAGUCGGAGAUCACAUUUCUGGACAACCCGCCGGACCAUGUUAUUUCUGACGGCUGCGCACACGGUUACUGCGUGGUCUACUCGACAGCUGAUCGAAGCAGCUUCGUGGAAGCCGAGAGAAGACUCCAGAUCCUGUGGGCAGCCGGUCACACAUCCAGAAGAGCUGUUAUUCUGGUCGGCAAUAAGGCUGAUUUAGCUCGAUCCAGAGCUGUUCCUACUGACGAGGGCAAAACUCUAGCGACGUCAUACGAAUGCAAGUUCAUCGAGACAUCAGUGGGUAUCAACCACAACGUGGAUGAGCUGCUAGUGGGCCUACUCACGCAGAUACGACUGAAGCAGCAGCAGGCUGAACGAGUCAGGAAACGGAGCAACUCGCGCAAGAACCGCAGCCGCACCCGGUCGCCCAUGGAUGCAGAUCGCGACGUGCCCAUCUCUGCGCCACCCACAUCCGCCUCCGCCGCCAGCACGCCCAGGAAGAGGACCAGGCUCUCUGCUAGCGUUAAGGUCCGCGGCCUCCUCGGCCGAGUUUGGGCUCGGGACUCCAAGUCGAAGUCCUGCGAGAACCUGCACGUUCUCUAGCACUCAGCCGCCGAUUCCGUCGCAUGCUUCCCCUUCUUCGACUGUGCUGCAAGCUACACUUAGACGUCGAACAACUUCGGCAACGUCUGACGUAACAGCAACAGUCGCUUCGGAAUAACAACUG